CUAUUACUUGUUCUUGACUUUGGCUAGUCUAGCCCUGGCACUCCUUGCACCAUGACUUUUGCCGCGACCUCAUGCUGUUCCAAUUUCCCCGUCCACCCUUCCGCAUCUGUCUAUAUCUCUUGGCACUCCAUAUACCUAUGCACAUGUCCCCUCCCCCUUCGCUUCAGACCAGAAGAACCGUGAUCAGCUCUCACACACAUAUACAACCUGUCUGGACACAUCAACACUCACACUCACCAUCCCCCCCCGUACAUGCCGACUUCCUUUCCAUCCUACCAUCUCGACACCAUGUCCGGCCAAAUGCAGCCAGCACAACUACACCGUCGCACCUCUCGUGGUUCGGCCAGCCAAUCAGGAUGCCGUUCGUCACGCAUUGAAAAGACAAAGAGCCACCACAGCAGCCCAAAGGCCAUGGAGAGGCGCAAGACUACUUCCGAGACCAAGCUAUACGCCACCCUCGACGACCACUACCGAAUGAUGUUUGGCGUAGAGCCAGAAGAGGAGGAGCGUCCCCAAUCAACACGACCCGUGAGCUGGCAUCCCGCGUCAUCACAGGUGCAGACUGCACAACAAACAAACUACUUUGACCCUAUGCCAAGUCAACACUGGCAGCAAAACUACUCGCCAUCACGAGAUUCGUGCCAUGGUUCCGACUACUACUCGCUCUCUGCCCGCAACUCGAUGCUCGAGCCCCGGACUAGUGCUCCAUCAGAGUAUGGCUGGCAAAGCAUGCCUCAACACACUCCCGGCUAUGUCGACUCUUGUGUCAACACGCCCACCUCGGAGCCUCUCCCAUGGUACCUGCAGCAAUGGGCACAGAGGAACCAGGCACAAAACACUGCCUCUGCCCAGCAACAAGACCAGGACAUGGACGACGAAGAGGAAGGCGAGAAGCUUGUUGCCCUUGGCCUAUACGAUGCCCCAGAGCCAUCACUAAGCUGGGGUGCGCUCACGGAGGGUACCGGAAAAGGCCUUAAGCUCGAGGAGACUUGGCAACCACCCGAGGAAGACGAGGAAGACCAAGACGAUGACGAUGACGCAAGCUCAGAAGGCAGUGUCGAGGAGCCAUCGCCCCCUCUGCCGCCGGUCCAUGAACAGGCACAGAACAUGGCAGUCCAUGUCAAGUCUCAAACACCCAGCAGCAUGGAAGGUCAGAGCUUCUUCUUCGACGACGACGAGACCGUAUCCAAGGAGUGGUGGUUUCAACAAGUCAAACAACCCUCUAUGCCAGUGCGGGACGCUGGACUAGGAUAUGGGUGGUUGUGAGCGUGGUCACAGCUUUACAUUAUUGUAUAUUUUUAGUCUUACACCUUUUUGAUCUUUAGCACAGCACGGCGUUUUUUUGUUUUGUUUUCUGCAAUGGCCCCAGUUGGGUGCCAAAAAAGAGGGCACUAUUAGACAACAGCGAGAGCGAGCGAAAGAGAUACCCAGCCUUCACAGGCAAGAGAGCCAGUCUUUGCAUCAUCGCUCACACCGAGGUCAGAUGGAGAGGAAAUGCACGUAUAGUAGUUACAUAGUAGCAGUAGUAUAGUAGAAGAAGGCAUGACUGCAGCCAAUCAAACACAAUGACAGACACAUAACAAAUACCGA